AUGGCCGCGCCGCGCUCCUUCCCGCUGCUGGUCGAGGGCUCCUGGGGCCCCGACCCCCCGCGGAACCUGAGCACCAAGUUGCAGAUGUACUUCCAGAGCUCCAAGAGGUCGGGCGGCGGCGAGUGCGAGGUGCGCCCGUGGCCCGGGAGCCCGGGCCGCUUCCUGGUGCUGUUCUCCCCCGAGGACGUUCGGCAGAAAGUUCUGGAGAGACAAAACCAUGAGUUGGCAUGGCCAGGAAAUGGACCAUUCAAGCUAACUCUCAAGUUACCUACAGUAGCAGAUGAAGUCUAUAAUGAGGGGCAAAUUAUAACAAAGGAAUCCAAGUCCAAAGACCGGGUCAAACAACCAGAUGUGACAGGAGAAUUGGAUACAACCCACUCUGACAAUAGAAGAUCAGAAAAUACUGAAGACACCACAAAAGAACCUCUUUCUCCUUUGGUUGUGUUUGAAAAUCUCAUGAACAAUGUGAAUGAUACAAUUUUGACGUUAUUAGUGGAAAAUGUAAGUGGCCUGUCCAGUGAUGACUUUCAUAUAGAAAUAAUACAAGAUUUUAAAGUUGCUGUGGUGACCUUUCAAAAACACUUAGACAUCAUAAAAUUUAUUGGUGAUUGUGCCCAGAAUGAUAAAGCAAAAAAACUUCAACUUUCUCCACGACUUCUGGAAACUACAAAGAUAAUCAGGGUCGAAAACUUGCCACCUGGUAUGGAUGCCAAGACUUUAAAAGAUUUAUUUGAAAAUCCUGAGAAUGGAGGUGGAAGAGUUGCCAGCAUUAAAUGUUUUCCUGAAGAGAGCUCAGCUCUGAUUGAAUUCUUUGAUAGAAAAGUUUUAGACACCAUCUUGACCAAGAAAGUUGACCUCAGUAAUGUGCAGCUCUCAGUGUUUCCAUACUACACCUCUCUGGGCACAGCCUUGUAUGGAAAGGAGAAACCUCUGGUUAAACUUCCAGCACCGUUCAGAGAAUCAUUGGACCAUCUCUUAUGGAAGUUCUUGCAGAAAAACAAUCACCUGAUUAGGGAGAUAAAUGAUGAAAUGGCACGUUUUCACUGUGAGCUAACUUGGUCCCAACUUAACGGGGAAGUUACCAUCAGACCUACAGUCACUUUGGUCAAUCAGGGAACGAAGAAAAUCAAAACCUGGCAGCAAGAUGCUUCCACAGCAUUCUCUGACCUCAGGUCUAGAUACAAGAUCACCUCAUUCAAGGUGGCCCCAAUCAUGUGGGACACCAUAAAGAACAGUGUAAAAGAUGAUUGUCUUUCAAUAGAGUUUGAUUCACUUAUGGAGCUUGUCACCUUGGUCGGGAGAUCAGAGGAUAUAGAAAACAUUGAGUCACAUGUCAAAGAAUUAAUACAAAGCACCACCGAAAAAAUUAAAAGAGCACAGCAAAAUCUGGAAGAAAAACUGACCAUUUCUCUAGGGAAGUAUUAUCUGUUACAUGAAAGUAGGACAUUGGAGCUUAUCCACACCAAUUAUCCAAAGAUAGAGACUAUUUAUGAUCAUUCCGCUCAGCACAUGUACUUCAAAGGACCCCUGGCAGAUGUUCAUAAAGUCAAGUGUGAAAUCCAGGAGAAGGUAUACAGCAUGCCUCAGAAAAACAUUCAGGUUCCCCCUGAGAUUUUUCAGUUUUUGCAACAGGUAAAUUGUAUAGAUUUUUCCAGGUCUCUUUUUAUAGCACAGAAAAUUUUUGCAUUGUAUGAGCUACAGUCUACAUCUGUUCUCUUAAUCAGCUGUUCUUCUGAAGACCUACUAGAAGCUGAAAAGCAAAUGAUGAGUACCUUAAAUUAUAAGUGCAUUGAGAUUGAAGACAGGAAAGUUUUUCAUAACAAGAAAUGGAAAGAACUCAUCAGCAGUUUGCAGGAUUACAAUUCCUCCUCCUCAAAAUGUGUAAUAAUUCAUAACCUAACUCCAGAAACCUCCGCCAAAGUCAUCAUAGCAGGCUGUGUAGGAGAAGUAAACCAAGUUCAUACCUCACUGCUCGACUUCCUGAAAACACAAACAAUAAUCACGAAAUUGUUUGAAGUCAAGCCUUCCUUAGUUUUUUAUUAUUUAAAGUCAGAAAAGAAAGUAUUUUGGCAACAGUUAAACAUGAAAAAUGUGCAGGUACAAUUUAAUUCGAAAAGUUUCCCAAAGAGUAUUUCAUUAACUGGUCCCAAGUGCCAAGUUGGGGAGGGAAUGAACCUUCUCAAGCGUGCCAGGGACUCAAUCUGUGUUAGAAGUGUCCAGAUUGACAAGCCAGGAGCCAGACAAUUCUUCCAGGAAAAAGCUUGGUUUUAUAAAAGUGAGGUGAAAAGGCUAUUUGGUUGCUUUGUUGAACUUCAGAAGAAUAAAGAAAGGGAGGAAGGUGGCAGUGACGGCCAGAAGUGCUACCUCAGGACGGACCUGUCCCCUGGGGUGUCACUGAGUGUGCAGCAAGGUGACCUAACCCGGUUUCCGGUGGAAGUGGUGGUCAAUGCGGCCAACGAGGAUCUCAAUCACCUCAAGGGCCUUGCGGCUGCUCUCUCCAAAGCCGCGGGCCCUGAGCUCCAACGUGACUGCGACCGGAUAGUGAAGAUCCAGGGCAAGAUCCUCCCCGGCUUUGCGGUGGUCUCCAAAGCUGGAAACCUCCCAUAUGACCACGUGAUCCACGCAGUCGGACCCAGAUGGGAGAAGGCUAAGGCCCAGAAGUGUGCAUACGUGUUAAAGAGAGCUGUGCAGGAAAGCCUGCGUUUGGCUGAAGAGCACAACUACCGGUCCAUCGCCAUCCCUGCUAUUCGUCCUGGAGUCCUGGGCUUUCCCUUACCACAGAGUAUGGAGGCCACUGUUUUGGCCAUCAUGGAAUACUUCCAAUUUCACUCAGAACAACACAGCUUGAAGGAAAUUUAUCUUAUAGAUGCAGCUGAGAAAACUGUUAAAGCCUUUGCUGAAACCGUGGAAACUCAGUUUAAAGUGUUCUCACACUUACUUUGCCAACCGUCCACUUUCCAGAAAAUAAAUUCCUCAAUGCCCACCUGGAAAUCGACCUCUUUUGAGGGAACAAGAAGUAAAUGGCCUCCAAGGGAACCCAAGCCUACCUUCAAACCUGUCAAUCAUUCCAGCAAACAAAAAGAAGUAUCCUUCAAUUUUGGAAAUGCUCUAUUAAAGGACACCCUGCCCGGUACUGCUUCCCAGCCUCCUGUUCGAAGUGCUGUUCAGGCAGGAUUGAGGAAAGAUCAUGGGAACAAACAAAUUCUGUGGGUCCCAGGAGGCUUGAAGGUCCUGAUGGUUAAAGGAGAUGUACAGAGUGCAAAGACUGAUGUUGUUGUCAAUUCCAUUUCCUCGGAUCUUGAACUUAAUCAAGGGCCUCUCUCUCGUGCCCUCUUGAAAAGUGCCGGGCCAGAGCUUCAGAAGGAAUUGAAUAGAGCUGGAAAAAUCAUGACUGUGAAUGUGGGCACAGUUCUUCAAACAGGUGGCUAUAAUCUGCCUUGCCUUUAUGUGCUUCAUGUGGUGGCUGCAAGUUGGACAAACGAUAAUUCACACAAGAUCAUGGAAGGUAUAAUCAGAAAAUGUUUGGAGAUCACUGAGAACCUGUCCUUGAACUCAAUCACAUUUCCAGCAAUAGGAACAGGAAAUUUGGGCUUUCCUAAAAAUGUUUUUGCUGACUUGAUCCUGUCAGAAGUCGUCAAAUUUAGCAGAAAGAAUCAAACAACAACUUUACAAGAGGUUCACUUUCUGCUGCAACCAAGUGAUCAUGAAAAUAUUCAGGCAUUUUCAGAUGUAUUUGCCCAAAGGGCUAUUGGAAAUUUUCCCAGUGACAAAAUUUUCCAGGCUGCAGAUGCACAAGGUUUCUGUGGGAUGGUCCUUAACCCUAAUAAAGGAACACAUCAAAUGAAGAUUGGUCCCAUUAUCUUCCAGGUGUCCACUGGAGAUAUCACCAAGGAAGAGGCCGAUGUGAUUGUAAAUUCAACAUCAGGCACAUUUAAUCUCAAAACAGGUGUCUCCAAAGCAAUUUUGGAAAGUGCUGGAAAAGAGGUGGAAAUGCAAUGUUCUCUUCAAGCUCGGAAGAGCAAUAGUGAUUUUAUUGUUACUGAAGGUGGAUUGUUGAGAUGUAAGAAUAUAGUUCAUGUCAUUGGUGGAAAAGAUGUCAAGAGUUCAGUUUCCUGUGUUAUGCAAGAAUGUGAAAAACGAAAUUAUUCCUCCAUUUGCCUCCCCGCUAUUGGAACAGGACAAGCCAAUCAAGAUCCAGUCAAAGUUGCUGAAUCCAUCAUUGAUGCCAUUGAAGACUUUAUCAUGAAGGGUUCUGUCCAGUCCAUGAAAAAAGUUAAAGUUGUUUUGUUUCAACCUCAAUUACUAGAAAUAUUUUAUGCCAGCAUGAAAAAAAGAGAAGGACCUCAGGUUUCUCCACAACAAUCUAUAUCUAAAAUUGCAUCACAUUUGGCCUAUGUAAAACAAUUUUUCCCAGAAAAAAAUCCCUUGUUUUUGGAAAAACAAACUGAAAUGGCCGUUUUUCAAGUGUGUGGUGACAGUAUAAAACGUGUGGAAAGUGCCCUCUCCUGGAUACAGAAUCUGAUUAUAAAGGAGCAAUAUUCUUGUAUCAGUGAAGAUGAAUGUAUCAAAGACUUUGAUGAAAAGGAGUGCUUUCAGAGGGGGGGUAAGUGAGGCCCCGCCCCACCCUAAGGAACCCAAGCCCAGAAGCCAAAAACCUCCAGAACUCAACUACCACCAUGCUCACAGCUGCUAUCCACACACUCGGGUCAAGCCUUACCCAUAAGUGAAUCCACAGAAAACCCAGGUAUGUGGGAUUUGUGACUGAAAACGCCAACUUCAAUGGAACAGGGAAUGGGUGAACUCCCCCCAUCUCCCCCUGUUUUCAACAACUUAGCAGUCACACCCACAAACCACCUCUGACUGGCGGCAGACAAUCUCAACUGCCAUGAUGCAGGGACUCAUAAAUUCUCUCAGAAGAAAGCAUAAAACAACUGGCCAUAUCCAUGCCACCGGACCCCUUGACAGACUGUUUCAUUAGGGCACCCUGGAGGAGGGCGGGUGACUCUCCCUGCCCCAAGGGAUACAGCCCCAGCUGCUAAAAUCUCAACCGCUCCAUGCCCAUGUCCAUUCUUCACAAGCUCAAGCCAAGCCUCACCCAUGAGUGAACCUAUUCCUGGACAUCUCAUACCUCACACCACUAAUAUUCCAAGAGCAACACACCACAUUUGAUGGGGCUUAAAGUAGAGGUAACCAAUUCUAUAGGGAAAUAUUUUUUACAUAUAUAUAUACAUAUAUACAUAUAUAUAUACACUCAAAAGGCUCAAUCUUUAACAACAUAUUAAUGAUCUCUUAUAGAAUGGCUCAAUGGCCCCUAUGUGAAAUACAACAAUCUUCACACACUUUCCUCAAAGGAAAUGUUUUUGAAGCACUUUCAGUGAUUUAUUCAUAAUAAACAAUACAAAAUAAAUUAUUUCAGUUCAGCUUUGGGGCAGAGAUUGGGAUUUGGAUGGAAACCUCAAAAAUACAGUGGUGGGAAGGUGUAAUGGUGGUAGGAGUGGUGUCCGAAUAUUAAAUGUAAUCAAAUAUUGUGAACUGUAUAAAAUA